AGCCGUCCCGGCGGGGCUCAGACGGGGUCCGGCGGAGCGAGGAGCGCCAUGGGCGGAGGGCUGCUGGCCGAGCUGGCCCUGCUGGGGCUGCUGGCGCUGGGAGGAGCCGGGCUGCUGGUGUCCGGGGAGCCGGCCGCAGCCUCGGCCCCCUGCCCCAGGGGCAGCUCCUGGAGCUCAGACCUGGACAAGUGCAUGGACUGUUCCUCCUGCCCCUCCAGACCCUACAGUGACUUCUGCCUGGGCUGCACGGUGCCCCCACCCUCGGCCCCGCUCCUGUGGCCAGUCCUGGGGGGCAGUCUGGGCCUGGCCUUGACCCUGGGGGUGCUCUCGGGCCUCCUGGUUUGGAGACGCUGCCGCAGGAGAGAGAAGUUCACCACUCCUAUUGAGGAGACAGGAGGCGAAGGCUGCCCCGGGACUGCGCUGAUACGCUGACGCCCCCAGGGCAGAAGUGGUGAUCCUGUCCCGAGAUGACUCAGCUUGAAGAACCGCAGCAUUUGCACAGGGGGAUCUCUCCUCCCCUUUCCCCCACCGUGCCAACCGGCGGACCUGGGGGAGGGGGACCACGGGAGCCAGGGGAAUGACCCCUAAAAUUCUACAGGUGCAGAGAGACGGACAAAACACUAAGGAUCCGAGCCCUGAGAGCCCCCAGCUUGUCUGGAUGUGGCAGCUGUUUGUUGGGGGGAGGGGGAAGGGAUGGGGUGAGGUGAGGGUUGGCGAGGGAAGGAGGGUAGGGUGGGACACCUGGAUUCCAACCCCGGAGCUAGGGGCUGGAUCUCUGGAAGGCAGCUGGCUGGCCCUGCUCAGUCUGGGAUAGGGACCCCUGCAUCCUACUGUUCCCUUUGAGGGAGGGGUAUUUAUUGGGGGAGGGGAAAAUUUAUUAAUAAAAAUUAUUUUGGUUUCAAA